GACUGAUAUUAGUUUCAGACAAAAUCUCAAAGUAGUCCAGCAUUUCUGUUUCGUUUCGUGACUAUGAGUAUUGCGUGACAACGAGCUACAUCUAACUACGCACAGCAUGAGUCUACAGAAGAGUCUAGUAAUGGAGGCGAGAGACAGAUUUUGUUCCCGGGUGGCCUUCGCUGUCCUGUUCCUGCAGUUUACCACAGUUUAUACGGAAGGUUGCCCCGGUCAAGCGGUUGGCAUUAGCAAUAGUCGAGUGUUACCAGACAACAGAUUUUCAGCUUCGACAAUAUACGACAGCAGAUACCAUCCCUAUUAUGCUCGACUUAACGGUUCGCCUGGAUGGUGCCGUAAAAGCAGUGAUCCUAAGGGUUAUCUUCAAAUCGACCUCAACGCCGUGUUCGUGGUGUGCGCUGUAGCAACACAGGGCGCCUCAUAUGGGACAGAGUGGGUGACGUCAUACAAAGUUCAGUUUUCCAUGGAUAAUCAAGCAUGGUCCACAUACCGGGAGACUGGGACCGACAAGGUAUUCAAUGGUAACACGGACGGAACGACAGUCGUCAAGAACACCCUCGCGGUCCCCACCAUGGCGCGGUUCAUCCGGUUUGUACCUCUUACUAGUCAAAGAGAUCCGACGAUGCGCGUGGAGGUGUACGGCACAAAACCCGACGUGUGCAAGUCGUCGCUGGGUCUAACGGAUGACGUCAUCGCGGGCUCAGCAAUUUCGGCGUCAUCGGGUAACGCAUCCGCUGGACGUCUAUACGGCAACUCAUCUUGGUGUGGUGCAUCGGUCGUCUCUGAGUAUCUUGAGAUUGACCUGGGAGGGGUGAGGACAGUCUCAGGAGUAGCCACACAGGGGUCCCCUGGGGAGAACAAGUGGGUCAAGACUUAUAACCUUCACUAUACUACUGAUGGGACACGAUGGCUGAUGUUUAAGAGCCUUAAUGGUAACGCGAACAAGGGCCUUACUGUUAUCAACUGGUUCAAUCACAAAAUCAGAGCGCGCUACGUCAGAAUCACGCCACUGACCUGGAAUAGCGCAAUCUGUUUACGAGCAGACCUAUUUGGCAACAUCGAGUGCUAUCCUGAUGGCAAGAUAGUCAUUUCUCAGGCGACAUCAACAUCAUCAACAGCCAUCCGGGUUGAAUGGACGACUUCAGCAAACUACAGGUUAAACGGGAUAUUCAAGGAAUACAUAAUACAAUAUGAGUACACGGCAAGCGAUGGCCAAAGGAUAACAAAUACAAGAAAAAUAACAGAUACCAACAUGCGGCACCUCGAGCUUUCCUCGCUCAGGAAAUUCACAAAUUACACUCUCACUGUCAACGCAAGUAACUCUCGAUAUGCGGGAGCCACAAGUGACGCGCGUAUUAUACAGACCUUGGAGGACGCCCCGGACUGUGCCCCUACAAUUUUAAGUACCAUGGCGAUGACGUCAACGUCAAUCCGUGUCAACUGGAGAGCUCUUUCUGAUGCAUGCACGAACGGAAUCGUCCGCAAAUACGUCAUAUCGUAUCACAGGCACGGUGGUAGCGAACAAACCACGGAGGUCAUCGUACCCAAGACAAGCGUGGAUAUCAGCAAUCUGGCGAAGUACACGCAGUACACGGUCAAAGUACGCGGGUGUACAGUUAGUGAUGGUCCUUGGAGCGCCCCAUAUAUAGGGAGAACCAGAGAGGAUGCUCCUGACUGCGCACCCACAUCCCUUAGUACAACUGUAAUGACGUCAACGUCCAUCCGUGUCACAUGGUCAGCUCUUCCUGGGACAUGUACGAACGGGAUAGUCCGCAAAUACGUCAUAUCGUAUCACAAGAACGGUGGAAGCGAUGAAACGACGGAAAUCAACGCACCUAGAACGAGCUUCGAUAUCAGCGAUCUUGAAAAGUAUACCGAGUACACAAUCAAAGUUUGCGGAUAUACAGUCAAGCACGGUCCGUGGAACACUCCAGUUGUCGCGAGAACCAAACCCGAUGUUCCUGAAGGCAUCCCAACAAUCUCAAGGAUCGCGCCAGGUUCAUCUACAUCAGUGGACCUAACAUGGACGUUCACAGCGACAGAUAAAAUAUAUGGCGAGUUCCAAGGCUUCAAUAUCACGUACAAGGAAGAGGGAGGCGGUACUUUGUACAACACGACCAAUCACAUGACACGGAGCUUCACCAUUACAGGACUCAAGAAAUUCACUUACUAUGAAGUUUCGGUGUCAGUGCGUAACCACGUGUUCAAAGGCCCGGACUCUACAGCUACACAAGUGCGGACCGACGAAGAUGUUCCAAGUGCAUCACCCUCCGCUGUAAGUCACUCCGAAAUCAACUCAACGACAUUCAAUAUCAGUUGGAGCUCAAUCCCCAAAGAUCAGCGCAACGGAAUCAUCACCAGUUACGAUCUGGAACUAAGUUCCGGACAAGCCAGACGGCGCAGGUGGUCCAUUCCAGAGUCCUUCACUUCCACCUUGACGUACAUCGUACUGCAUAAUCUGGAAAGUUGCACCAUUUACCAUCUGCGGGUGCGGGCGAGAACAGGAAAAGGACCUGGUCCGUACAGCCCACAAUACACGCUACAAACAUCCCCUCCAGGGACUCCAACGGCGCUGAUGGCUUCAAAAGAGACCGAAACUUCGGUUCUCCUUAAAUGGAGACCCCCGGACUUUGUAGGAUCAGUCAGUUACACGAUCACGUAUAGAGGCAUGAAGUCCUACUGGCCGAAAUGGAAAGGACACAAGGGAGAAAUUACUACCUCGUCCCAGUCUGUCACCAAAGACGAUCUUAUUCCGGGGACAAAGUACAUCUUCAAUAUAACGUCAUCUACGAAAUGUGGAACAAGUAAACCAGUUACAUUUACAGCUUUGACUACAAAAGUGGCGGAACCUGUAGCGCCGACGGUGGGCAGAAUAUCUCGCGACACGAACGUUACAUUAUGGAGGGCAGAGCAAAUAAACGGUCCCAUAGAUUCGUACCAGGUUAUAGUUCUUAAAGUGAAGUCAGAUAACGUGAACCUGACAGAGAUUCAAGCAGAAGCGCUUUGUGAAGACGACAAACAGAGAAAGAAAAGAAAUUACUACAUUGUAGCGGAAUUGGAUGCCUUUAACAUGAACAGGACAAUCAUCAUUGGUGACGAAAAAAAAUUCACAGGAAGACAGCAUAAUUACAAGAACAAAGCUCUUGAAAAAGGCAGCAACUAUAAGGUCUACAUCAGAGGAAUGACCUACCUGGGCGACGAAAAGGUUGAUAUCUUGUGUGGAAAAGUUGCUCUUGCUGGAAUAAUAGAGUUCUCUGUAGAAAUCAAGGAAAACAAAAUUGCCGACCCUCCUACGCCUGUAGGAGCCGUUGCUGGAGGGAUAGUCGUGCUUCUGCUUCUUUUGGCUGUCGCCGCCUUUUUAUUUCUCAUUAUAAGAAGAAGAAGAAGCCGUGAAUCAUCCAAGAGGAAGCCAGCGAUGCAAAUGGACUCCAUCAACAACGGAAUUGAAGAAGAAAGCACAAGCGAUCAAGUCGAUGAAGGAAGGAGUAAUCAGCAGCAGCGGCCAGUUGACCUUGUAGAUGACGGCGAUAGCAAUCGAAGGGAGAUUGCAGAAGCCGGAAAUAACGAUGGCAUUUAUGACAAUGCUGUUGACGAUUUGUCCAAGCCAAUCUCGGUCGCACACUUUCCAAAAUACGUCGCGAUCAUGCAGGCAAAUAGGGGCAUCAGGCUAGAAGCUGAAUACAAGAAUGUAAGUAAUGAGCAGCAAUUCUCAUGGGAUGCUGCACGGAAAGCCGCUAACAAGAAGAAGAACCGUUAUGGGAACAUUGUCACAUAUGAUCAUUCACGCGUGGUACUGGAGCGAGUCAAUGGUGACGAGGAUUCGGAUUACAUCAACGCGUCAUUUAUCCACGGCUUUGAUGGGACACCAAGAUCGUACAUCGCCUCGCAAGGUCCACCUCCUCCAACAUUUGAAGGCUUCUGGCGGAUGGUUUGGGAACAGAACUCGCAAUCCAUCGUAAUGCUCACCAACCUCGUCGAGCUAGGCAAGACUAAGUGCCACAAAUACUGGCCAGACAAGACCGAGACAUACGGUGGCGUGACAGUCACGCUACACCAGUCGGAAGUAUUCGCAGGCUACGAGAAUUGUACCUUCAUCUUAUCUAAGGAAAAACGGAGUGGCAGUCGAAUAGUUCGUCAGUUUCACUUUACCGUGUGGCCGGACAAGGGCGUUCCCCAAUACGCAACAGCAGUCCUUGCGUUCAGACGAAAAGUGCGCGCGUUGAACCCGCGGGACGCGGGACCAGUCAUCGUCCACUGCAGUGUUGGCGUUGAACGCACUGGUGCCUAUAUUGUUAUUGACGCCAUGCUGGAACAGGCCAAAAAGAGCCGAACCGUGGAUAUUCGUAACUACCUCAUAGCGAUCAGGAAACACAGGCCACACAUGGUCCAGACAAAGGAGCAGUACUCGUUUAUCCACUCAGCUGUGUUAGAAGCCCUGACGUGCGGCAACACAGAGAUACAAAGCGAGAAAUACAACCAGGCCAUGCAGAAACUUGCCUCUGUCAACGGUAAAUUCCCGAUGACAGGAUACGCACUCGAGUUCCAGAGGCUGAACUCCGUAACAAGCCGUGAGAUACCGGUGGAAGAGAAAAGCGUUGGAGAGAAACCACAAAAUCUGCACAAGAACAGAUUCUCUGACAUCAUAGCAUUGAACAGCUGUAGGGUGAUGUUGCAUAAGGAGCAUGCUGACGAGGAGUCGGACUACAUCAACGCCGUAUUCCUACAUGCUCACAGGGGGCGCAAUGCAUUCAUCGCUACCCAGCAUCCCUUGCUGGAGACCGUGGAGGAUUUCUGGCGCAUGGUGACGGAUUACGACAUCGGGACGAUUGUCAUGUUGAACAACCUGCACGAACUUGACCAGGAAUACCCUAAGUACUGGCCUGACCAUGGACCUACCAAAUAUGGUCACAUAGGGGUCAGCGUGCUCAGCAAGCAAGAGCAAGGUGACGUCAUCUGCACCAAGCUUAAGGUGACGCGAAAAAAGAAGACGCACGAGGUUCGUCACUUGCAUCACGUGUCGUGGCCAGACAAGUGCAUCCCUGAGGUUGCCUGCAGCGUUCUGGAUCUUUUAGACGAAGCUCAGACGUCACAGCAGCAGUGCGGCAACGCGCCAGUAUUGGUCCAAUGCAGUAACGGUGUUGGUAGGAGUGGCACGUUUUGUGCGAUCUCCUCAGUUCUUGAGCGUUUGAAGACAGAGCAAGUUAUUGACGUCUUUCAAGUUAUUAAACGAAUUCGCGUCAAUCUGCCAGGCGCGGUGGAGAGCCCGACGCAGUACAUGUUUUGCUAUCAAAUCAUCCAGAAGUACUUGGACUCCUUCAGCGACUACGCGAACUACUCAGAUUGUUGAAAAAUAGGCUGACGAUAAUGAUGAAUCCAGGGAUUCUAAGCAAUAAAUUCUAAAGGCUAAGAAGGGGGGGUUGGAGAGUACUAGAGUUCCUAAAUUGCAGGGCUAGAGAACACAAAAAAAAUUAUACAGACCACGUGUCUUAGAUAUGAAUGUUAUAAUCCCGGUGGGGGAGGGAGAGGAGACUCUCCCAAAAAGUAGACGGGGAUGAUCGUCCCAUCUUUUAGGGUAUAAGAUUCCGACCAACUACCAUCCCUUGGGGGUGUUGGAGGAUUUUUCAGAUUUUGCCAUCUCUUAGGGUAUAAAAUUUGACCAACUGCUAUUCCUAAGAGAGUGUUUAACGUGUUUUUCCGAAUCUGUUAUCUCUUAGGGUUUAAAAUUCGACCAAUUGCUAUUCCUGAUAAGAUGUUAAACGUUUUUUUUUUUUCGAUUUUGCUAUCUCUUAGAGUUAAAAAUUUGUUCGAUCAGACCCAAUUUGCUUGGGAAGGAUUUCUGUUGACCACGCCAAAGUACAAUCCCUUAUGGUUAAAAUCGAUUUUGAUGAUCACCCCCGUCUAUUUUUAUCGGAGUCCCCCAUUGGAAUUAUAAUGUUCUUAUGCAACACCGAAAGAAAUAUAAAUUGUAGGGAUACACUUGAAGUGUGCUUAAGGUGAUAUUGUAAACAACAAAUAAUCCAUCUAUCGUAAUUUGCAAAGUAUUUCUUUUUCGUGGAGCUACGUUUUUAUGAAUAAUUUGUCAUUUCCAUAAGGAAAUAUUUCUAAUUUUCCUUACAUUUUUGUUAUUUCCUAUUUAAUAAUAUUGUGAUAUCAUUUUAAUGUAAUAAUAUUUAUAAUUAUUUCAUGGCCGCCCAUACCAUUUAAGUAAAACAGAAGUGUAUACCACUAAUAGGUAAGAUGGUCACACAAUCUUUUAUUAAAACCGGUAUGCUCAA